AUGUUCCACACUUUCAGUAACACGGGUUGGCUGACCUACGGAGCGGUACUUAAUCGGCUGCAUGAUAAGUACGGCAAGCCUGCAAUCGACGCGGCGAUUAAGGGAUGCGUCGUGGAUUCCGCGCCGAUCCUGGAGCAGGACCCGCAGGUGUGGGCGCGCGGGUUCGCCGCUGCGAUCUUGCAGAAGCGCAGCUCCGCCACCCGCGCGGGGCGCGCGGACGUUUCGGCGACUGCGGAAGCUUCCGCUGCUGCUGACUCAGCAGUCACGGCGGCGGAGUCGUCCUCCGCCGGCGGCGCUGCGAAGGGGAGCGCUGAAGGGGUUGAGAAGGAGGCGAAUGGGAAGGUAUGGGGAGUGACGGAUAGAGGCGAGUGGGAGGCACAGCCGAGAGAUGAAACUCGCCCCGCCGCGAUCGACGGUCUGAAGCACCACCAUCGCAGUUCCCUAGGCUUCGCGUCUCUCACUGCUGAGAUGGAUGUUGUGGAGGAGAGGGAGGAGAGGAGGCGGAGUGCGGGUGGUGUGACGGGAGAGCGAGCGGGGGAGGGAGUGGGGGUUAAGAAGGUGGUGAAAGCAGAAGAAGAUGCGGUGGAGAAGACGUUGCUGAACGUUCUGCGAAGGUUCUUCACGUGGUUGCUGCAGCUCCCAGUUGUCAAGACCAAGCUCGAUACAGUCACAAGCACGCUCGCCUCAGAGCAACCCGAGUGCCCGCAGCUGUAUCUCUACAGUACAGCAGACACGGUGAUUCCCGCAGAGGCUGUUGAGUCGUUCAUCCAACGGCAGAGAUCGCGCGGGUGCGCGGUCAUGUUCAAGAGGUUCGACUCCUCACCGCAUGUGGACCACUACCGAACCUUCCCGGAAAUUUACUCGGCAGAGCUGGAGGCGGGCGCACUUGCUGCAGUGGUAGUGCCCGCAUGCCAGCUGCAUGGUGUAGGCCGCCUCUGGGGGAGGGCGCAUCCGGACAGGCAGGGGGAGGGAAUAUUAGAGAAGGGAAACAGGAAGCAGGCGGCUCUACUCACCAGAGCAGGCGGCUCUACUCACCAGAGCAGGCGGCUCUACUCACCAGAGCAGGCGGCUCUACUCACCAGAGCAGGCGGCUCUACUCACCAGAGCAGGCGGCUCUACUCACCAGAGCAGGCGGCUCUACUCACCAGAGCAGGCGGCUCUACUCACCAGAGCAGGCGGCUCUACUCACCAGAGCAGGCGGCUCUACUCACCAGAGCAGGCGGCUCUACUCACCAGAGCAGGCGGCUCUACUCACCAGAGCAGGCGGCUCUACUCACCAGAGCAGGCGGCUCUACUCACCAGAGCAGGCGGCUCUACUCACCAGAGCAGGCGGCUCUACUCACCAGAGCAGGCGGCUCUACUCACCAGAGCAGGCGGCUCUACUCACCAGAGCAGGCGGCUCUACUCACCAGAGCAGGCGGCUCUACUCACCAGAGCAGGCGGCUCUACUCACCAGAGCAGGCGGCUCUACUCACCAGAGCAGGCGGCUCUACUCACCAGAGCAGGCGGCUCUACUCACCAGAGCAGGCGGCUCUACUCACCAGAGCAGGCGGCUCUACUCACCAGAGCAGGCGGCUCUACUCACCAGAGCAGGCGGCUCUACUCACCAGAGCAGGCGGCUCUACUCACCAGAGCAGGCGGCUCUACUCACCAGAGCAGGCGGCUCUACUCACCAGAGCAGGCGGCUCUACUCACCAGAGCAGGCGGCUCUACUCACCAGAGCAGGCGGCUCUACUCACCAGAGCAGGCGGCUCUACUCACCAGAGCAGGCGGCUCUACUCACCAGAGCAGGCGGCUCUACUCACCAGAGCAGGCGGCUCUACUCACCAGAGCAGGCGGCUCUACUCACCAGAGCAGGCGGCUCUACUCACCAGAGCAGGAGUCGCAUGGAUGCAAUGCCUGAGACCUGCUGCUGCUGCUGCUGCUGCUGCUGCUGCUGCUGCUGCUGCUGCUGCUGCUGCUGCUGCUGCUGCUGCUGCUGCUGCUGCUGCUGCUGCUGCUGCUGCUGCUGCUGCUGCUGCUGCUGCUGCUGCUGCUGCUGCUGCUGCUGCUGUAUAG